ACCCUAGCUUUUGACGUAGUUUAUUCAAUAUCAUUCAAAACUGAUUAAACUCCUCUCUAGAUGAGAUCAAGAAAUGAUGAUGCAAACUAAACUGAAUCCACAAUAAUUUCAACUCAGAAUUUGUAUUGCAUCUGUAUUUAUUAAUAGAGUCAGAAUAGCUCAAAAUACAACUGAUCUGGAGUAAAAGCCUGAAGCGUGUAAAGCUUUUUGUGAAAAGUUUAUCCAGUGUGAAACCACACUUAGACCUUCACAAGUGCUGCUUUAUGAUGAGCUCAACAGAUUAUGUUUAACACAUCCGGAUCACACUUCAGCUGUUAUAUCCCACAACACACGCACACGUUAUCAGUGAUAUAAAACAGCAACUUCCCAUUUCUUGGGUUGAAGAGUCGUAGUCGUCUAAAGGUGACUUUCCUGCUGAUCUUCUAAUCUUAAUGUUGCUCCUGAUCUCCAGAAAAAUAUUGAAACACAGAAUCUGACAAAAAGAGGCAAUAGUAUUCUCAGGAUUUGACUGAAUCAAGAUGUUGCUGAUCAUUGAAGCUCUUCUUCUCAUUGUAGCUGUUCUAGGACAGGAUCACAAAGCUGCUGUUGGUGCAAGAAAGCUAAUUCCAUUGGAUAUGGCACCAAAUUCGGUUGACGACCAAUAUAAGGGCUGUACAGAAAAAAUAGCAGACUUGGUGAAAACAAAAUAUCUGAAGAUGGAAAUCAGCAACUCAGCUGAAUUUAAUAAAACUUGGCACGACGGUGAAAAUAAAGCCAAGAAUCCAGAGGAUAAUUUGAAACAGAUUCAUUCAGUCGCCAUUUAUGUGUACACAAACAACAAUUCUGACGUAUAUCGUAACUUCAAUACCGCUGUUCGUAGUGAGAGACAAAAAUACAAAGACAAGACAUUCACAUGGUAUUCACUUCACUUUCUGUUGACAGAUGCGACACAGAUUCUGAAGAAAACACAAAAUAAAUGCUAUUCAACGUAUCGCGGUACCGCAGUUGAAUUCGAUAAGGAUGUUCUGAACCAAGAGGUUCGUUUUGGCUCAUUUACAUCCUCCUCUUUUGAUCAAGCAGUAGCAAGUGGUUUCGGACCUAGAUCUUGUUUUGAAAUUGAAACUUGUGAAGGUAUUUCUGUCAUUAAAUACUCAAAAUAUCCUGACCAGCUAGAGGUGCUGAUUCCUCCAUAUGAAAAGUUUAAAGUUACUGCUGUUAAGACGAAAGGUCAGAAAGGUGCCUGGUGUGACACUGUGUUCACUUUGAAAAGCUCUGGAAAGAUAAGUUACCUGAACUGUGGUGCUGAUGCAAAAUUAGUUCAAGACAGGACCAAAAUUUAAAUUUUUUAUUUAUUGUGUUUUCUCAACUGAAAGUUCAUACAGUUGUAAAGUUGUUAUAAAGUUGUACUGUUAUAACAUAUGGCUGUUUGAUUAAUUCUGAAUAAAAAGCAAUCUUCACAUGUAUUUUUUAAAGUAAAUCAGCAAUGAUGCUUUGUACUGUCAUAAAAAGUUAGCAAUCACCUAAUUUUUCUGCUUUGUCUUCUUUUUAUCAAGUUUAACAGUUUAACUCUGUAAGCUGUGUACGGAGAAACUGAAUAGUUAUAAAUAUUGUAUUUUUAAUUACAUGUAGAAAUUAUAUAAAAGCACACUUGAAAACACACUCUGUUCUACUCUCUCUCUCUCUCUCUCUCUAUAUAUAUUCUCUUUUAUAUGCUUGCAAUAAAAAUGUUAAUUAUCUUAAAUAAUGAAAUUACAAGAGUGAUAACAGGAUUGUUUUAUAAACAAAAGGGGUAAAUGUAAAGCUUUUAAAAGAAAUAAAAUCCUUCAUUAAACAGAACAAUGAUCAACCUUAAUGUUAUAUAAG